AUGAGAGGCGUUUUUAUUGCUGGUGUCAUUGCGGCGUUCUCCAUCACAGUUAUAGACUCCCUGAAUUGUAGACAGUGUCACGUGUACAAUAGCACCUGUGAUGACAGUGUCAGCGAAUGCCCUGAAGGCUCCUUCAGUUGUGUGGAAUCCUCAGUCAACUCCACUCUAGGAGGGUUCCUCCAUUUGUACCAGAACAAAUUCUGCUCCGAAUCGAAUUGCAUCGAGAACAACAAUGUGGUGGCCUUCACUGUGCAUAUAUUUGAUGACCAAAGAUUCCAUUUUGCAAGCCAGUGCUGCCAAGGAGAGGCAUGCAAUGACACCCAAUAUGAAUCUGGAACACAGGAAGCCACUAACACGCAGUGCAUGUCUUGCUAUGGCCACAAGGAAACAGACUGCCAGGAGAAACCCCAGCAGUGUUACAAAGGAGAAAAAUGUGUCCAUAUCAUUGCGGAGCUUACAAAUGGUACCAACAGAGUGGAGCUGAAGGGAUGUUCUGAUAUCAGCAACUCUACUUGUGAAUUCCUGUCUGCUGAGAACACAACAGUUGGAGAGUUUGUUUUCAAGUCAGUUGUAUGCACAGAGUCCACUGAGUCCAACUCAACCACCGUUACCCCAUUGGGCAUCACAACUUCCCUCACCUCCACUACCCCAAAAACCAGCAUGGGCAUCAGAGCUUCCUUCACCUCCUCUAUCUUCGGCAUCCUCCUUCUUCUGAAGCUGCUGUUCUGA